AUGGUUUUGAUGUUUUCUGAAGGAAACCUCUGAAGAGGUACAGUAAGGAACAAUCCUUUCUUCUCCGUUUAUCUUGGAAUCUUUCUUCUCUCCGUGCUUUUAAUCUUCUGAUCUGAAACCAGAAGAUGUGAGCUGAAGCCUGAGAUCUUGUCACCGCCACUAACCGAUCCAGAUCUCUUCUUUACCUUUGGUUUUGCGCCUCUCUCUCUCUUCUCUCUCUCUCUCUCUCUCUCUCUCUCUCUCUGCACAUUUUCGACUACCACCACCACAACCUCAUUCUCUUCAAGAACUUUUUGACCUGCCUAAUUCUAUCGUCAAAAUCCUUCCUUUGCCGUUUGACGAAAUUUUCGGCUCAAUUGUACGUGUUAGGAAUGGAAAAGGAGGGAUUUUGGGGCCUACAAUGGCAAUCCACCGGUGCCAAACUACCGCCGGAGUUGAAUUCUGGGCCCGCCGCCAGCGACCAGUUGCCGCAGUGCUUCCUCCACCUCAAUUGGAAGCAGCCGAUGGCCCACGACGCCGACUUCGAGUCGGCGCUCAGCUCGCUCGUCUCCUCGCCGUGCUCCAACCCGCCGGCCUCCGCCGACGGCAGCGGUAUCGGAGAGCUCAUAGGUCGGUUGGGAGGCAUCUGCAACUCCAACGACAUCUCGCCGAGUUAUCGAUACCGUAGUGCUGACGCUUCUUGUUACGGCACUCCGCUGAAUUCCCCACCAAAACUCAAUCUUUCCGUGAUGGAUCACCGGCAGCAGGGAAGAGGAGGGCCACCGAUGCCGGUGAAUCGAGUGCCCGGACCCCAUCUCGGUCCACUUUCGGCCGAACCGGGGUUCGAGAACGGCGCCGCAAGGCUUUCUUGCUUUGCAGGAAGGAGCUCCGGGAGUUUCGCAGGCCAAUUCGGGUUCCUGGAGCCCGGAAAUCUUUCGGAGGCCUCGCGCAGCGAAUCUCCCAAGGCAGGUUUUGGGUCUUGCGUGGGAGUUGGACAGAGCAGGAGCGAACGCCCUGCCCAUCUGGAGACGGAGAUGAGGUCGACAAUUGGUGGAUCUUCGACAGCGGCGGAGUCCGAGCUCGGAAAUGGCCCGGAGGAGUCGUCGUUGUCCCAUCGGAUGACGGCGGAGGCAUCAUCCCUGAGAGGUAUCGCUGACAACAAUUCAGGGAAAUGGAAGACAGCGGCAAAGCGGAAAGGAAGGGAGGCACAUUUAUCUUCUUUUGCCACUAAUCCCCCUGCUAAUAUGACAGAGGAGGAGAACUCCGAUGCAAAGAGAUGCAAAUCGGCUGACAGAAAUGGAGGUGCAAAGAAUGCGGCGGUGAAGCCGAAGACGGAGCAGAAUGGAGAUCCUGGCCACCGCGAGGGCAAGGAUAAUGAUCACAAGCCCCCUGAGCCACCGAAGGAUUACAUCCAUGUGAGGGCGAGAAGAGGACAAGCCACUGAUGCUCACAGCCUCGCCGAGAGGGUUAGAAGAGAGAAGAUCAGUAAGAGGAUGAAGUUUCUGCAAGAUCUUGUGCCAGGUUGCAACAAGGUGACCGGCAAGGCUGUGAUGCUUGAUGAGAUCAUAAACUAUGUGCAGUCACUGCAGCGGCAAGUCGAGUUCCUAUCCAUGAAGUUAACCACCCUGAAUCCCCAGAUGGAUGUUAGCAUGGAAAAUUUCCUGCCAAAAGAUAUGUAUCAAUCUCGUGGACUGAUGCCACAGCCAGUUUAUCCGGCAGAGAUAGGCACAGUGUUGUCGUAUGCUCACCAGCCUCAGACUAUCGCUCUCCAGAGCGUCAUGACAUCCGGUCUCGAAGCGCAAUUCUCCUUGAAUUCAUUACAAUCCUCCUUACGACAGUCUCAGAGUAUGCAACAUGCCACCACGGACGCAUACACAGAUGCUCCCUCUCAGCUUGGGGGUCUUUGGGAGGAUGACCUGCAGAGUGUUGCUCAGACUGGCUUUGGGCAGAACCAUGGCCAAACGCACACUAGUCACAUGAAAAUUGAACUCUGAUCAUGUGAUUUCAGAGUAAAGCCUUCGUAUAUAAAUGAGACGUGCUUUGAAAUAGCAUUGUGAAGUUUUUGCUAAUGACCAUUAGGUCUGCGCACGUAAUUGACGUGGAGAUUUCUUUUCAAAAGCACAGGUAAGAUUGUAACAAAUGAAAACAAGACGGUGCAGGAUUUCAGUAUGAAGAUGUGGUUCUGUACUCCCAUAAGUGCCAUGUUCAUAUGUUCAUGAAGGUGUUUUCAUGGUUGUGUGCUGCAACUCUCCUGCUGCUUCCAGCGAUUCGACGCUAUCGCAUAUUUGGACUUUGGACUGCAGUGAGAAUCCAUAAGCCCUUUACAUCUUAGUACUUCCUGCUUGAAUAGGAGAUAUUCCCACAGAAUCUGUAAAGUAUUUCCUUCCUUGUAUGGACCACCUAACAGUAGAAGUACUACACUCACAUACUGAUCGAGUUGUAUGCUCUCAAGAUAGACUGACCUAUCAUGAGAAGAAUAGCAUCAAAAUGACCAGGUUGGCAAAAGCUUUUGAA